AUGGCUGCCAAUACCACGAAAACAAUUUCUUUGGGGUCUCCUCUAACACCCAUUAAAAUGUGUACAUUCCAUGAUUUACCUAUUGAUAUUAUAUGUGAGGGUUGUGAUAAAUUCAUAUGCAGUGAGUGUGCCAAAACAGAUCAUAAAAGUCAUAACUGGAAAACUAUAACCACGGCUGCUAACGAAAGGAGGAGAGGUCUGCAGGAAUUCCUGAGAAAGAUUAAGGAAGGAGACCUAUAUAAGAUUGAUAAGAAACUAGAGAAGAUGUCACAGCGGAUCACAGAAAAUAAAAAACAGUGUUAUUCUGAGAUUAAAAAGCUUAAGAUGCAUGUUGAUGAGAUAAUGGCCAGACUGACCGAAAUCAAGAAGCGUAAUGAAAAGACAAUUCAAGACAACCUUGUCAAAAAGAAUGAUCAAGUGAAUCAUGAGAUAUCGGAGUUAAAGAAGAAAAAGAAAAGAAUUGUUGACACAGUGGAAUUCAUGGAGGAGAAUAAUAGUAACAUGUCAGAUUACAGUGUGAUUGACAACCACAGAGAACUGACAAAAAUGCUGUCUGAAUUCGAGGUUCAUGUGACAAACUGUGCACAUUCAAUGAGGUUCACUAAAGGUGAAAUCAAUAUUGACUUUCUUAAAUCUUUCGUUGGAGAGACAUUGGAGGACAUGGACAACAUAAGUGUAGCUCACAUAAACACAUUUCGACAUGGAGAUAAAAAUAUACUCUCUCUGAAGAAAUUCUGUGAAGACCAGUGUUACAUACAUGAACUAAAUUCAAAAUACAUAGCAGAAGUCAACCCAAAAUGCACAAAAAAAUAUAAAUUUAGAAUUUUCCCUAUUGACAUGUGUGUGGCUAAUAACAAUAAUGUUUAUUUCACUGAAUUUAGUAACAAUGAAAUCAACUGCCUGUCACCAUUAGGAUCUGUCUCUACAGUCUCCAGUACAGAUCACAUGGAACCAGUUGGAAUCUGUCAGUCAGUGGACGGUGGGCUACUGGUCACCUUGAUAGAUAAGGAAUCAGAUCUCUUCAAAUUAGAGCCACAUAGCAGACGUCUGGUGAGAUACAUCACAGUGACAGGUGAUGUUAUCCAUGAGUAUGAGUACCAGGAGGACGGUCACACCAGACUGUUUACAUUGCCAUACAGAGUCACACAGAACAGAAACAGUGAUAUCUGUGUAGUGAACCGUACAAGUGAUGCUAAAGGUGAACUAGUGAUUAUAUCUCCCUCUGGUCGUUUGAGGUCUGUCUACCGUGGACAGAACCUGACAGAGUACUUUACUCCAACUGAUGUAGUGUGUGACUCCCUCUGUAACAUCCUUGUUACUGAUACUAACAACAAGCAGAUACACCUUCUGACUCCAAACGGGGUAUUCCUUAAGUUCUUACUGACAGAGAAUGAAGUGAACCAUCCAUCCUCACUGUCCCUAUACAAGUCUACACUGUGGGUAGGAUACGUCGAAGGACUUGUUAAAGUGUUUCAGUAUAUAAUGUAG